AUGCAUGUGAAUGAUGAUCUUGUGGCUAAUAAGGCAUUGUGUGUGAGUAGUAGCUUACCUAUAUGUGAGUAUAUUGAUUCUUUGCUAUUUGUAGAUGAUGAACAUAUUGUGCAAGCGGAUACACUAGUUGAUCCUAUAGAUGACCGAAUUGACUCUUCUGGUAAAGUCGAUUUGUGUCCACCUAGUGUUGAAGCUAUUGUGUUGAAUGUUAACAACGCAGGAAUUGGUGGAUUAAUGGUAGAAGGAGAUGUACUUAUGCUAAAAGAGAUAAUAGAAAGAGAUUUCUUAAUCAUUUCUACUGAAAACGGAGAAGAGGGAGGUUGGACGAAAUCAUAUCCUGGAAUUGUUACAAAUUAUGAGUUGACAAAGCAAUGCGUAGAGACAAAUUACUAUGGUGCAAAAAGAAUGAUCGAAGCAUUUAUCCCCCUCCUUCAACUCUCUAAUUCACCGAGGAUUGUUAAUGUCGCUUCUAGCUUGGGAUCGUUAAAAAUUCUUGUGCAGCUAUUGUGCAACAAAUGGGCAACAGAAGUGCUACGUGAUGCUGAUAGCCUCACAGAAGAAAAGGUAGAUCAGGUGGUGAAUGAAUUUCUCAAAGAUUUCACAGAGAAAUCAACAGAAUCCAAAGGAUGGCCAAGUUACUUCACAGCCUACAAAGUCUCAAAAGCAUCGUUGAUUGCCUACACAAGAGUUUUAGCUACCAAAUAUCCGAAUUUUCGAAUAAACUCUGUAUGUCCUGGCUAUUGCAAAACAGACGUAAAUGCAAAUACUGGAAGCUUAACUGCUGGAGAAGGUGCUGAGAGCUUGGUGAAUCUUGCUUUGCUUCCAAACGAUGGACCUUCUGGCCUUUUCUUUUACAGAAAGGAGGUCACUUUUUUUUGAGCAUUGAUUGAUUCACAAAAUUGGUUUGCGUGUGUGGCAGAAUUGAAUCGUUUUCUAUCAGUUUUAUAUACAUUGCAAGAAUAAGAUGGAGAUAUAUUUCUUUUAAGUUACCCUAAUUUUAUCGUUUUAAUUAUGAAUUAUUCACUACUGUUAUAGUGUUAUUUUGGAGAUAGUUAAUUAAAGGAUGUGCAUUCCUACUUCCUUAUUUA